CGUCGCGCGCAGGUGUGUUUAGGCGGGAAAGCGGGUUAGCAAGCGGGCUAAAGAUGGAGCGGAGUUAGCGCAGAAACUCACACUGCGCCUUUAUACACUCUAUACACACAGAUUUACUCACUAUUACGGCUCCUCUACCGUCUCUACAGCACACACUCACCCGUACAGCGCUGCUUUUAGCUUAUAUCAGUGAUUUUAUGAGGAAAUGUUGGAUAUUAAGGUGGAAACUUUGAUUAUUUAUUUUACCUGACGACUGAAAAACUACAAAUACCACCAGCAGCAGCAGCAGAAUCUGAGCCAAAACUGAGAUAAAACACGCCCUGGGACUUUAAUUCACCUUUUAUUUUAAUAAUUUUGACGUUAAGCUACUUUUCUAACCUGAGGUGACAGUGAUAUAGUGUAAUAUUCAGCUUGUUUUAGCUAGCUACUUUUGUUAAAACACAUAAAUUAAGAUACUGGAUUAACAUAAGGCCUAAAAGGACCCGGAUGAUGAACCACUGGAGAGACAAGUAGCUGAACCACAACUACUGCUGCCCAGCUGGUGCAGGUCCCCGUGUGUUGUGGUGGGGAUGCAGACUAUGUGGCUGAUGGAUUCCUCGUUGCCUGGGUUACAGGAUGGCCUCCCUCGCCUUCCCUUCAAAGAAAGACUGAUUGAGGCUCUGAGCUUAGGUAAACAUCGGCACUACUACAUCUCCCAGAAUCCCAUUCGCCAGCAGCAGGAGAAGGAGGGUCUGUGCCUGGGCUGCACUGAGCAUGUCCCUAGGGUCCGCUCUCCCUCCCUCCCCAUCCUUCUCUGCAGAGCGAGGGAUGAUGAGCAGACGGAGGGGGGAGGGAGUGAGUGUGAUAGCGAGAGCCUUCCGUUCUUCUCUUUCGCUUCGUCGUCUUCUUCCUGCCCAUUGCUCGAUUCUCCAGAUAACAAGAGCACAUCACAGGGCUCGGGCUCACUCGGCCGCUCCUGGCACAGGCACAAACACACGCACUCGUUCAGAACCAGGCAUGGCCUGAGCUCGCACAUCGCCAUGGGCAAUCAGGAUGGAAAGCUCAAGCGCUCAGCUGCCGCGGAGGAUGGGGAGAUCACGGCGGAGGAGAGCGGCCCCCUCCGUGACUCCGCGGACGGCACAAAGAAGGGAUUUCACGGUAAGAAAUCCAAGCACGGCAAGGGAGGAGACGGUGGUGGCGGAGGAAAAAAGAAAAACAAGUCAGAGUCCAAAUCCUCAGUCUUUUCCAUCCGCAAACGCAAGAAUUUGGCCAAGGUGAAAGGCCUGCUGAGUGGUUCCAGGGAAGAUGCUCUGGACUCCCAGCAUGAUGAACUGGACAGCGCACCAUCGCUUUGCAAUAAAACACCGGAUCUUUCAGCUGACGAGCUCGGCCAGUCCGAUGCCGAGGGAGAGAGGCCCCGAAUUCUUUCAGAAAAUGGCAGGCAGGAAACGCAGGAAGAGGAGAAGAAGGGCAGCUCCGGAUCGGAUACGGACAUCUACAGCUUUCAUUCGGCUGCUGAGCAUGAGGACUUGCUGGCGGAUAUUCAGCAGGCAAUCAGACUUCAGCAUCAGGGAGUUCCUGGUUCAGCUGGAGUGGAGCAACUGGCCUGGACGAAGGACUGGAAGCAGAACGGCGUGAGCGAGGAGGUAAAAAGCAGCCCGACCCCAGACUCUGAGCCGUUUACUGUGCUGGAGGCUCUGAAAAGACGAGAAAAUGGAUUAGACCUUGGUAAACUUGGUACAGCUUCUUCUGAUGAGGGGAAGGGAGCGAUUGAAUGUGUGAAGGAGCAGAUUAAGGAGCAGGAGAAAGAGCGAGGGCUAGAGGAUGGGGAGCAGCAGAAGGUGCGAGAGGAAAGUGUCAAUGGAGAGUUUAGCAGCAGCUCAAGCCCGGUCCUUUGUACUGCUUCCGUCUCUGUGGCAACCGGAACAAAAGAGCAGGAUACAGCCGAAGCUCCUCUGGCCCCCUCGAGCCCCCUGUGUACCGAGGACACAGACGGGAAGGCCUUUGCCACAACAACCAGUGUCACCAGCUUCCCAGACCUCACUGCAUCGUUUGAGAGUGCGGUGGAGGCCACAGAGGAAAUUGUGGACUUAGAUGGCUUGGGUCGCCCUGUCCAUGGGGGAGAAGAAGCAGAUGAUCCAGAUGUUGCACAUUCUUUCAGGGAGGAGGACGGGCCGAGCUCGGAUACUCUGUCGGAUGGCGAAGGUAUGGAGUCCUCCGCAGAUUCUCUGGAAUGUGUCGAACCUGCAAUGGACUUGGCGACUGAGGAAGUUGAGGAAAUCGAGGAAGAUGUGCAGGUGGUCCAGAGACGAAAAAGCAGUGUUUCUUUCCCGCACUGGGUCCAGCAAGAAAGUCCUUUGCCCACUCGGCUCAUCAAGUCCAGCGUCCCGGCUUCUUCGACAAGUCCUGCAGUCAAACCAUACCCUCCCAUCCACCCUUCCUACAUUAAAACCACGACCCGCCAGCUCAGCUCGCCCUCCUGCUCACCCCUUGGUUCACCUGCACACAGCCCACACUUCCAGCGCCGCUCUCGUGGGGACACCUCAGCUACAAUUGCCAGGGUGGAACGUAUGAGGGUGAAGCGCCAGCGAUCCUACACCAUCACCGGACCUAUCAGCAAGUCUGCGGACUGGACCGAAGAGCUCCGGCCGCUGCCACCCAAAACUGGGUCUGCGGACUAUCUGGAGUACGGUGGUUCGGAGGGUGCUCUCAGGGAAGGAGUAACAGGUCUGGAGGCUCAACGCAGGGCUUCUGCUGGACAGGCCUCCACCUGCAGCUUUCAGGAUGUGUUUUCAGGUCGCACUCUACUGGAGAAGUUCUUCCAGCAGCAGGAGAGAUCAGAGUCUGAAGAAGAGGCAGAGAAGCUUUGCUCUCGGAUUUUGGCGAUGGGUCUCCUUCUGCCCUUCAGUGACUGUUUCAGAGAGCAGUAUGGAGGCAGCACGUCACAUGUUGCACCACAGUUCAGUCAGGAUCAAUUGUAUACGUGGGCUCCAGUCAGUCAGCCUCCUCUCUCACUGGAACAUUUUGAAGGGCGUUUACCCGGGCACCUCCGAUCACUGUGGCCUCCGCCCCGACCCGACACAGAGGACAAACCUGGACUCAAAUACACUGAAGCAGAGCACCAGGCUGCUAUUUUGGGGCUGAAGAAACAACAGGAGGAUGAGAUCCAAGACCUUCAGGAGGAAUCGAUGUUGAAGACGGUUCAUCUGAAGCGUGAGCAUGUGACUGUUAUCGAGCAGCUGGAACAGACCAUCGAGGAUCUCCGCACUAAAAUCGCAGAGCUGGAGAAACAGCACCCCCUGCUGGACAAAGACAGCACAAGCACGCAGGACCGUGAGUGCGGAGGGGACGAUGACCUACUUCCCCACGUAUGCCACGUGGACCUGCAGACGGAGGCGGCGUCAUCGCUUCUUCCUUUAGAGGCCAAAUCAGUGCAGACUUCACCCAUAGACGAGAGCUUUAAAUUUAAAGUGCCUUCUCCAGACCAGGGUUCUUCCCAGCUGCCUUCGGCCGCACCGACCGAGGCUCCUGCGCCGCCUUCCGGUUCUCCAAAAGCAGGACAGUUUGUGUGUACGUGCCAGCAACAGCAGCAACAAGAGACUCCGCCCCUUCGUCCUCAGUUACCUGGUUUACCUGGACUCCCCGUACCUCCCCCUCCACCGCCACCACCACCUCCUUUACCUGCCACAGCUGUACCUCCACCUCCUCCACCUUUACCAGGACAAACUCUAAUACCUCCACCACCUCCUCCUCCACCUUUACCAGGACAAGCUCUAAUACCUCCUCCACCUCCUCCACCUUUACCUGGGACAAGUUUUCCACCCCCUCCUCCACCUCUACCUGGUACAGGCAUUCCACCUCCACCUCCUUUACCUGGUACAGGCAUUCCACCUCCACCUCCUUUACCUGGUACAGGCAUUCCACCUCCACCUCCUUUACCUGGUACAGGCAUUCCACCUCCACCUCCUUUACCUGGUACAGGCAUUCCACCUCCACCUCCUUUACCUGGUACAGGCAUUCCACCCCCACCUCCACCUUUACCUGGAACAGGUGCAUUACCACCACCUCCACCUUUGCCUGGAACAGGUAUUCCACCUCCACCACCUCCACCUUUACCUGGAGCAGGUGUUCCACCUCCACCCCCACCAGCAUUGCCUGGUCCUCCUGGAGCCAGUGGACCAGUCCCAUCCUUCAGUCUGGGUUCUCUUCCCCCGCCCCUUCCUCUGGGACUGUAUGCCCUGGGGGCAGCUCAGGAGAAAGCUCCUCGGAAGGGAAUGGUGGAACCUCCCAGGCCCAUGAAGCCUCUCUACUGGACUCGGAUUCAGAUUCACGCCAAAAAAGAGGUGAACCCUCUUAUCUGGGAUAAGAUUGAGGAGCCCUCUGUGGACUUUGACGAGUUUGUGGAGCUCUUCUCCAAAACUGCAGUUAAAGAGAAGAAAAAGCCUCUCUCCGACACAAUCACCAAAUCCAAGACCAAGCAGGUGGUGAAGCUGCUUAAUAACAAGCGUUCUCAGGCCGUUGGGAUCCUAAUGUCCAGCCUGCACCUCGACAUGAAGGACAUUCAGCAUGCAAUCCUGAACCUGGACAACACAGUGGUGGACCUGGAGACGUUACAGGCUCUGUACGAGAACAGAGCACAGUCUGAUGAGAUGGACAAGAUAAACAAGCACAUCAAAUCAUCGAAGGAGAAGGAGGGAGCAAAACCCCUGGACAAACCAGAACAGUUCCUCUAUCAGCUCUCUCAAAUCCCCAAUUUCUCAGGAAGAGUGUUUUGUAUUCUGUUUCAGUCGACAUUCUCAGAAUGUAGUUCUUCCAUCCACCGAAAGCUGGAGAUCCUGCAGAGGGUCUGUAAGAUUCUGCAGAGUGGAUCUGGAGUGACGCGAGUUCUAGGUCUGGUUCUGGCCUUUGGAAACUUCAUGAAUGGAGGGAACCGAACCAGAGGACAGGCAGACGGUUUCGCACUGGACAUCCUGCCCAAACUUAAAGAUGUCAAAAGCAGCGACAACACCAGAAGUCUUCUGUCGUACGUUGUUGCGUACUACCUGCGGCACUUUGAUGAGGACGCAGGGCGGGAGACGUGUGUGUAUCCUCUGCCGGAGCCGCAGGAUCUGUUUCAGGCGUCUCAGAUGAAGUUUGAGGAUUUCACUAAAGACCUGCUGAAGCUGCGGAAGGACCUGAGAGCAUGCACUGUGGAAGUGGAGAGUGUGUGCCAGAUCUCCUCUGAUGAGAACCUGCAGCCCUUUAAGGAUAAAAUGGAGGAGUUUGUGAGUCAAGCUAAAAGUGAACUGGAGGCGCAGGAAAGCCAGCUAAAGGAUACCCAUAAAACGUUUCUGGAGUUGACGGCGUUCUUCUCGGUAAAGCCAAAGAGCGGCGAGAAAGAGGUUUCUCCCAACACGUUCUUCUCGGUGUGGCACGAGUUCUCCACAGAUUUCAAAGACCUGUGGAAGAAGGAGAAUAAGCUCAUCUUACAGGAGAGGUUAAAGGCAGCUGAAGAAUGUUUCAGACAGGCAAAAGAAAAAGCCACCUACAGUGUCAAACCCAAGCACGCCACUGGAAUCAAAGCGAAGCUGGGCAUGAAAAUCUGAAUCUGACCCCUGGAGGAGCUGGACUUUUUUAAUCCUAUCCUUUAAGAGCAUCGCUAAUGUAGAAAUCCAAAACUAUCCAGUCUAACGGAGCAGGCCUGGACUGCAGACACGGGAUUACAGUGAAGUUUUAAUGUUCAUACUUCUGUAUCCAGCACCCGCUCACAGAACCACCGUAGCAGAACUCUACAGAACUUUACUCCAUCUGCAGCCGACCCACCGCAACCAGACGAGCGGCAGUGUCCGGAUGUUCCGCGAUGAUGCACCCGUGUGAUCUGCUGAAACGACAGAUCCUGUUAGCUGGAGGACUGCAGUCUGGACUGGACUGGAUUAGACUGGACUGGAUUAGACUGGGGGAGUCUGAAUGGUUUGAACCCAAACCUUGCCGAAAAUAGACAUUUUGGAAAAUGCGCUGAAAAGUACGGGAAAGUGCUUCUGGAGACGAACGCACAGGAAUGAAAGAAAGAAGAGCAAACAACAAAAGAAAUGAAGUUUAAUAAAUUAUUGGAGAGAUGAUGUGGAUAUGAGUGUGUGUAGAUUUACCCAGGUUCAUUAAAUUCUGCAGUAAUUCGUCCGAGUGCAGUGCAUCACCAGCAGCACCACCAAUGGAGGAGCUCUGUUUUAUGUUUUUAGGCCAGUUGAUUCUGUAUGGAGCUUAAAAGCUGACAUAAGUAUUUAAAUCUGCAAAUAUGGAAUGAAAUUUUCAGAAUUUAAUUUACCUUUACCUAUUGAAACUCAAAAUAUUUAAUAGUGUGUAUUCAUAGAUUUGGAUUUUAACAAUGCUUUUGCGUGUUUUGAUGAGAGGUGGAAAUCUGGUUGAUUCAAAACAUUUUUGGGUGGAUUGAUUUGAAUUUAUGGAUUUGCAAACUUGAAUUCGAUUUAUACAAAAUCUGAAAAUGUAUCUGAAUGUUAAAUUAAAACAUCUUAAGCAAAUGUCACCACCUCACGUUAUAAAAAGUCCAAUUUCUAAAAAACAUUAAUUAUACCUUAUUUCAAGCUUCAAAAGUCAAGCUAAAUUAAAUUAAAAUCCAAAAAUGUGGUUUCAAAUUCCUGUAGUUUUUAAGCUCCACAGUUGGUCAGAUGGUGGCAGUGAGGUCAGCACCGAUGUUCCCUCGCCAUUAAUAUAUCACUAAAGCACUGCUUCAGACUGUCUCCACAGGCUUUUCUCAAAUCACAACCUGAAGCUGAUUCUAUUUACAGGAUUUUUUUAAAUUUACAAACCCAAACCCAUCUGUGAGAUUUUUUACAGGCUUACUAAAGUCCUGCUUAGAACCUGCACUCUGGAAAAAAUACAGGCUGGCAAAUAGAAUAUCGCUUAAAUAUUGUGGAGCUUAAAAUCUGAUCCAAUAUCUGAAGUAUUUGAAUCUGAAUUUUUAUAUAAAAAAAUUUAAUUAAAUUUACCUGACUUUUAAAACUAUGAUAUAACUCAUAAAUCUGAAGUAUAACAAUUAUGUGGUGAAAUAAUAAUAAAAAAAAACACGGGUUGUUUUGAAAUGAUGGACAAUUUUGAAUCUGAUUUUUUUAUUUUUUUUUUUAUCUAAAAAUGUAUGCAUCGAAAUUUUGUAAAAUCAUGAAAAGGUAGUUUUUUAAAAAUGAAAAAUCUGAAAUUAGGCUUUUUUUUUAAGAAGAAGAAGAAGAAAUUAAAUAUUUUAAAGUGUCAAAAAAGUAUAAAAACGGAUUCACGUUGUACAAAAUAAUGUAGAUUCAAGUAUUUAGUAAAUUCUCAACUUUUAAGCUCCAUAAAAAUGCAGAACACAUAAAACAACACAAGCAUUUGCAAUAGAGGCAGAGCUUUCAGAAUCAGUCACUUUAUUCUGCUCCACUCGAGAUCGGUGCUGGUAAAGCCCCUCGUUUACUGAAUGUAGCUUGAGAAUCUGUUGACUGAUUUUCAUUGCAUUGCAUUUCUGGUAAUGAAGGCUGAAACUGAAACUGUAGGUGAAGCCUGGGAACGCCGACCAUCUGCUUAACUGACCUGAAUCACGGCCCAAAAACAUUCAGUACUUAAUAUUAUUAUUAUUUUCUUUUUUUUUUUUAAUGCAACGUACAAUACUUGACUUGAUUGCUUAAAAUGUAUUUAAAAAUGCCAUUAUUUUAUCUAAUGUAAAGUAGUAUUAACAUCUUUCUGUAAGAUAUUCUUGUUUAUUUUUUUAUUGUUUUUUCCCCUGUCUCAGCAUGUAUGUGUUCAAAGUGUCAAUCACUCUGGUUCUGGAGCGAGGAGGUUCUGCCCACGUGCAAUAACUGUUCGUACCUUUCUGUUUGUUUGGUUGGUUGUUUUUUGGAAAUAGUGUAAUUUAUGUAAAAUAAAGGGAUAAAUAAAUAAA